AUGACCACUCCAAUGCAACUUGAAAGUCUGAAAGUCAGUGACACCGUGUCCUACUAUUACUUUGAUAGCGGCGACAUCCCUGGAAACACCUAUACAACCUUGGUCUUCAUCCCUGGCAUGGGUUUCAAUGGAGGUGUUUUCAGGAAGCUUUUCCCUCUAGCUGCUGCGCACCGUAUCCGGAUAGUCAGCCUAUACAGGCGUGAUUAUAAUCCCACCACCAGCUUUCGUGAUGCAGACUUGGCUGGUCUCGUGUCCCGUACGGUAGAGGGACAGGAAGGCUUCCUUCGCAGCCAAGCGGUCGAUAUUGCUACUUUCCUUGUCAUGUUUGCCCGCGAGCAACAUAUUCCCCUGGCGGAAGUUGUGGCCCAUCUCGACGCCUUGCCAUAUAAUGUUCUGUCUGACCUUGAAAAAUAUCUCCAUACUGUGGUUUGUCAUGAUGUGAGUGGAAUUUUGAUUGGUAUACCCAGGCCCCCAGGUUUCGGACUCAGUGUGGAAUAUUGGACCGAGCCUGAUAGUCGAGAAGAGGAAGCAUUGAUGACCUCGAGGCUUACCAAUCCCCAGACAAACCUCACUCCAUGCACGAGCUGUACUCCUGGGGAGUUCGCAGAGCUCACAUCUGCCAAGACUUUCGGUUCUUCCGACACACUCCUCAUUACUAUUCAACCAGACAUAUUAAAGGCCAUGACACGGCGUGCAGUCUUCGACCCGACCUUGGCGGAGAAGUUCCUCCCCAACCUACGUGUCAGAUACAUGUGCGGUGGAACGAGUCCUGGUGUUAUAGUCUGGGCAUUACAUGAAUUUAAGAAGUGUUUGGCUGACCCCAAGCCAGUUUAUGGGCCUAAUGCCGGAAAGGGACGAGACCUGAAGUUCAAAUUCCAGACUGAGGGGAACCACUUCAUUUUCUGGGACGAACCAGAGGUUGCUCUUCAACAAUAUAUUGCUACUAUCAACCUUUAG